GCAUAGUUACCCAGCUCACGACCUCGGGCUAUGCUGCGCAGCUGUCGUGGCUCAAGAAGGGCUGGGUCCAGUACUUCCCCGAGUCUUCGUUCCACUACCGAACUGCGCCCCUCGACCUUGCAGCAGAUGGGGCCCAAGGGCACGGUGUGGGUCGAGGGCCGGGGCUGGGUGCCGAGAGAGCUGGUGCCGGACGUCAAGUACAAGGGGCACCGCGCCCCGCACGGGAAGUCCCCGGAGUCGCCAGGCACGACGGGAAGUUGGCAAGUACUGAGCGCAUCCUCAAGGGCCAGCACCCCGACGCCACUACCGACCCCACCAGGGACGCCAGCCUCGGGAUCGGGGGCUCCACCGGGGCCCCAGCCCAUGGACGCGGCUCACGGCUACAGAGGACCGCCAGCCAAGAAGGGCAAGAGGUUGCAGGGGCUUGCGUGGUUAGUUAGAAUCGGCAAGUUCUUCAGCUUGCUGGGCCAGUGCUGGUUGCCCCUGGUGCUGCUCUUCUUCCUCGCCGCCGUCUGCCCGGCCUACGUUUUCCCCAACUUGGCACGCGGCGCUGAUGCGGCAGUCAGCCUUGUCGAGGACGUCGCGGACGCAGGAGGCACAGUCGCCCUGGCAGCCAAGAACCUGACGCUGGCGGUCAGCAAUGUUGCGCUAUCGCUGGCGCGCAACUCAAUGGGUCUGGUGGGCGAAGCUUGGAGCGGAGUGGAUUUAGUAGAUUGUACGCUUGACGUGACAGGCGGCAGGUACGUGGUCGACUCGUCCAUUCCCGACAGGCGCGGCGACCCCGAUUCAAGUGAGUUGGCGCGCACCCUGCAGGCUGUCCCGUCUGAGCUCUCUGACGAGGUGUGGGCAGCUGUCGGUGCAAUUUCACCGCGAGCUCCGUCGGCCUCGCGUCUCACUGCCAGAUUCAACUUUUCAAGCCGUUUCUUCAUAUGGGACUGGGAGAUCAUGCUGGUGGAUGAGUCCUACCUGGCCUUGCGCGUGUACUACGCCGCCCUGGACUUCACGGUCCGCUGGUCGAAUCCCUUGUGGGUGGUGACGGGCGCGGACCCCGGCCAGGAGCUCGAGCGGAUCACUACUCGGGUUAACGGCGCAAUCCUGGGCGCAGUAGACGCUGAUGUCGUCCGUCGGCCUCUCGCAAAAGAUGAAGUACUGCGGCUCCCAGGUGUCUCGCCGCCUUGGUGGUACCGUCUGGCGCGCGUGAUCUUGAGGCAGUGGGAUUGGUUUCGUUUCGCGAGCGGGAGUCGGCCCUGAGCUUUGUGCAGCACAUCAUGCAGGGGGAGGCUCAUUUUUUCGGCUUGUCUGCUUCACCGAGAGGGUGGAUCGCGAGCGGGAGUUGGCCCUCAAUUGGUGCUGCAGCUCAGGGAUAUAAUUCAGUUUCUCCACUUCCAGAAUUCUGGUGGUGUGCAGUGGCCGAAUAAUUCACCGCGGCCAUGGGUUUCUUGACCGUGGUUUGGCUUUGCAGCGCCGUGCAUUUGACACGGCAAAGAUGAGCAGACAUGUGACUGUGGUCAACUCGUUGCCUCUGAAAUGAACCAGCUCCAUCGUCUGUUGCAUGCUGCUGCCUUUCGGCCCUUUUUACCGCCUGUCCCCUACUACCCUCGCUCUCUGCUUCGCCCUCCGCCUUAGAGGGGCGGUGGGCGGGGCGGGUGGGUGGCCUUUCAAAGUUGUGUAUUGGCGCUCUCUGUGCAAGAUGGACAUAUGAAAGUAGUGAAUGAUUGUUCUUGUAUGCGUCAAGGAGUGUACUGUUAUGCAGGCAACAGCAUGGCCAUAGCUGUUUCGGGCCCGCCUCGCCCGCCCCAGUUUCUCCACUUCCAGAAUUCUGGUGGUGUGCAGUGGCCGAAUAAUUCACCGCGGCCAUGGGUUUCUUGACCGUGGUUUGGCUUUGCAGCGCCGUGCAUUUGACACGGCAAAGAUGAGCAGACAUGUGACUGUGGUCAACUCGUUGCCUCUGAAAUUAACCAGCUCCAUCGUCUGUUGCAUGCUGCUGCCUUUCGGCCCUUUUUACCGCCUGUCCCCUACUACCCUCGCUCUUUGCUUCGCCCUCCGCCUUAGAGGGGCGGUGGGCGGGGCGGGUGGGUGGCCUUUCAAAGUUGUGUAUUGGCGCUCUCUGUACAAGA